CCUACGUUGCUGCCACACUGCUCCGGUUUCGAAUUGUUUAACUAGUUUUUGUUUAAAGCUUUCCCAAGUACUUGGUAAUCACCGCCUUUCGCAGCCACAACACACUACCGGCAGAAUGAUCAAGAACGCAGUAACUUUGGUGACCGGAGGAGCCUCUGGACUGGGUCGCGCCACAGCUGAACGUUUUGCCAAGCAGGGAGCCAGCGUGAUCCUGGCCGAUCUGCCCUCCUCCAAGGGCAAUGAGGUGGCCAAGGAGCUCGGCGACAAGGUGGUCUUCGUGCCCGUGGAUGUGACCUCCGAGAAGGAUGUGAGUGCCGCCCUGCAAACGGCCAAGGAUAAGUUCGGUCGUCUGGAUCUGACCGUGAACUGUGCCGGCACGGCCACGGCGGUGAAGACGUACAACUUCAACAAGAACGUGGCCCACAGGCUGGAGGACUUCCAGCGGGUGAUCAACAUCAAUACGGUGGGCACCUUCAAUGUGAUUCGUCUGUCGGCCGGUCUGAUGGGCGCCAAUGAGCCGAACCAGGAUGGACAACGCGGCGUGAUCGUGAACACCGCCUCGGUGGCAGCUUUCGAUGGCCAGAUCGGUCAGGCGGCCUACUCCGCCUCCAAGGCGGCUGUGGUGGGCAUGACCCUGCCCAUUGCCCGCGACCUGAGCACCCAGGGCAUCCGGAUUUGCACGAUUGCGCCUGGUUUGUUCAACACCCCGAUGCUGGCCGCCCUGCCGGAGAAGGUGCGCACCUUCCUGGCCAAGUCCAUCCCGUUCCCGCAGCGCCUGGGCGAGCCCAGUGAGUACGCCCACCUGGUGCAGGCGAUCUUCGAGAAUCCGCUGCUCAACGGCGAGGUUAUCCGCAUCGAUGGCGCCCUGCGCAUGAUGCCCUAGAUCCGGAUAUGGAGGAUACCGGACAUCCGGAAGUGGCUCGAUCAGUUUGCAUUUAUCUAUUGUCUAGUGGUUAAGCUGAAAGUUUUAUUAUCUGUCCCGAAAUUAUGUAAUAAUUGCUAUUAAACACACAUCUCUACUUUUCAAA